UGACGCUGAGCAUUCCUGUCCUGUCCUCCUCAUCCAGCAUCAUCCCUUGGCUCCUGCAAAGGACAGCGGGUGUUUGUAGGACACAGGGCCCUUGGAGGGAGGGGUCCUGGCCUGGGCACGGAUCCCGAAGAGGCCCCGGGGCCGCCGCUGGAUGGAGUCGGGCUGCAUUCAGACAGCAAUGGCUAUGGGUUUGACAUCGAAAAAGGCGUCUUCGAGGAGCGUCGGCGUGGAGCGGAAAAACCUCAUCAUGGUUUGCAGGUUCUCCGUAAAGACGCUCCUAGAAAAGUACACGGCGGAGCCCAUAGAUGACUCGUCCGAGGAGUUCCUCAACUUCGCUGCCAUUUUAGAGCACAUCCUCAGCCACCGCUUCAAAGGUAACACUGCAGGUUCUGGAAGCUGGUUCAGCUCCGACGGCCAGCGCAGCUUCUGGGAGUACGUUCGGCUGGCGUGCAGCAAGGUGCCCAACAACUGCAUCGCCAGCAUCGAGAACAUAGAGAACAUCAGCACGUCACGGGCCAAGGGGCGCGCGUGGAUUCGAGUGGCGCUGAUGGAGAAACGCCUGUCUGAAUACGUGUCCACUGCUCUGAGGGACACGAGAACAACCAGGAGGUUCUAUGAUGACGGGGCCAUUAUGCUCAGAGAGGAGGCUACAGUGCUGACUGGCAUGCUCAUCGGACUGAGUGCCAUUGAUUUCAGUUUCUGCUUGAAGGGGGAGACUCUGGAUGGAAAGUCGCCCGCUGUGAUCGACUACACGCCCUACCUGAAAUUCACCCAGAGCUACGACUACCUGAGCGAUGAGGACGACGGGCGCAGCGUGGACAGCAGCAACAGCGAGGAGAGCGUCCCGGAGCACCCCUACGUCCCGCUGGUGACCGACGAGGAGAGCUGGAGCAACAAGUGCCGCAAGAUGGAGCAGCGCUUCAAGAUCGUCUACGCCCAGAAGGGCUACUUGGAGGAGCUGGUGCGCCUGCGGGAGUCCCAGCUGAAGAACGUGGAGACGGAGAACAAGUGUCUGAGAGCGAAGGUGGAGGAGCUGACGGUGCAGAGCCAGCAGGAGAAGAAGGAGCUGGAGGCCAUUGUGCUCGAGCUGCAGGCGCAGCUCUCAGCCCUCAUGCCUUGUGAUUCCUCCCAUCUGGCCAAAGACCUCUCCAUCCCCCUGGUCAACCAGUGGUCCACCAUCACCAACAACCAAGGCGAUGUCAAGAUCUUCCGCCGGAGGAGUUUCCACAGCUUGGAUCAGCUUUCGGCCGAUGUCAGUCUGAACUCUGACUCCCAGAAGACGGACGGGCGGCAGAACGGAGACGCCGCCUGGACCUCAGCAGGAAAGGACAACACCCCCUCCAUGCUGGGUCUGUGCGGCUCUCUGGCUUCGCUGCCCAGCUCCAAGUCCUUGGCCAGCCUCAAAUCCAACGAGUGCCUGGUCAACAUCAGCACCGAAGCCAGCCCUGUGCUCUCCCCCAGCUAGGAGCUGGAGACCCACCGCCCUCCCUCCCUCCCUCCCCCCACCCGCCCAGCCUGUCUGCCUGGUGAUGCUGCGCUGACCAUGAGCACCCCGUCCGAACUCCGCUCCCACAUCCACCCAGCUCCAUGAGAUUACUGCAGGAAAGUCAUGUGGGUUUUAUACACGAGAGUAAGGUUGUCUUUAGGUCGAAAGGACGCGUCUCUUUAGCUUCUUUCAUUUUUCCUUUCUUUCAGUACAGUGACUCCGUUCAUCCAGUAUCACGCAAAGCCUCUGCAAACACCUGGGCCCGUUUAAGAGCAUUCACGUCACCACAUAUCGCCCCGGUUGUGCAUAUUCGUGCACUUUUCAAGUUCGGGUGUAACCAAAACAGCACGUGCAGCUUUUUGGACUCAGCCACACGCAAUGAAACACGCAGUGAUCAUUUUUGGGAGAUAGAGAUUAAGUGUGUAGCGUGAACGAUUGCUUUUACGUCUGGUGCACUGGGAAUCGUGUUAUGAGUGUAACUGAAUAGUCUGCCACCCACGAAGGUGCAAAUCAUUCUUGCUUGAAUAAUCAAACAUACAAACUGUUACAGUAUGGUUACAUUUAUGGAUUCUACCAAAUCUUUAGAUCCUGCAUCUGUUUAUCUUGUUUCUUUUUACAUAUAUGUGAUAUAUUGAGUUAAUAUGUUUGUUUUGUGUUGCAAUAAACUGCCUUUUCCAUUAA